UUGGAAACAGAUUCCUGAAAACAAAAACAAUAGUUGUUACAAGUCCCACCCAAUCUGCGCUUGGAUUGGAUAGAUGUAUAUCGGUACCUGAGCUAGGAUUGGAUAGUAUUGUCCAAUUGGAGCACGGCUUGAGGAAGAAGUUUGGCGGGAAAGGUUUACUAAGAUUAUUUCCUGAGCAUUCUGCUUGUUCCUGUUGAAGAUAAUGUCGAAUCUUUCAAUCAUUGCAGCUCAUUUCACAGUUUCAAGUUGUGUUGCUUGUCCUCCAAACGUCCCCACGGUUGUUCUUCUGCACAGCUUCUGUCCAAACCCUAAUACUGUCACCAGCUGGAACUGCAGCUCUGCUCUUCAGACCUCGUUCAGUUUGUCCUGUGUGAUGUAACAAAGAUGGCCUCAGUGCAUCAGCGCCUCCACAUGGUCACACUGCACGGUGACCUGCUUAUCUUUCAGUGCAAGUAUCCCAGCUCAAGAGGCUCUGAGAUCAUUUUCUGGCGGAUGUCCUUCGCCCGAGACUCGGCCACCUUCAUAAAUGAGGACGAUAAAAUAACCCCUAUGUACGAAAACACCUCCAGAGCAGUCAGUAUUGUUCACUGCACUGCUGCCAUCAACUUAAAAACGAGGCAGAGAGCCGUGUGCAUUUUGCUGAGGCUUCACCGGAAGGCAUCUCAAGGGUUUAAAUACAUGCUUUACUCUUUAAGCAGUAGAACCAGUGCAAAACUACAUGUGGAAUUUUCAUUGCCUUAUGAGAUGGGCAAGGAUGUCUCAAUUUUCCAUGGACCCACUCUAGUGUGGCGUCACGAGGACAUGGUCUUUUACACGUCUGCAGAAACUGGCAGCGUGAAGGAAGUCCCAAUACGUCUGAAGGUCAAUUUUCUUGGCGAGUUUCCCCUUCCACAAAGACCAUUAGCAGUUCUUGGUUUGCAAAAGAUGACCGAAGAGGGAAAUGACGGGGAAGAUAAAACUGUUCUUUACUUCUUAGACGAUGGAAGGACUUUUAGUGCUGAUUGUCUUUUACCCAGUGCCUACAGUUCGGUUGUUCGAUGUAUGCUGGUGGUUUCAGCCAAGGAAGUAGCUGGAUCUCUGAGAUCUUCUGUUGUAGCUGCCACUUGUAGGAGACAACUGGUUUGGUUUGAAAAUGGACUUCCAGAAGAAGUGUGUCUUCUUCCGUACGAAGAGCCCCGAAGCGUUCGGACCGUUCACACAGGAAGCGGCUGCAUCCUCGUUGUCGUUUUCGAGCACGGGAAUGUCUGUGCUGUGUGGAAAGAUACCUUCAAGGUGGCUGCGUGCUGGACAGACGUACGACUUUUACUCGUGGAUGAUUUCCUUCAUGCAGGGUUUGAGCAGAUGUUGCUGCUUUUUGAGGACAUCGACUCAGCAGACAGAAUCCUGGGGAAAUUCCUCCUCACAGAUCUCUGUGGCAUCAGUUACUCCUGUGGAACAGCAGAGAGUGAAGAUGUCAAUCGGUGCGAGGACGCAGAGGAAAACGUAACUUUGACAAUUCAAGCACUAGACGCCAGACUCCAGAGCGGUUUGGUCUUCCUCCAGAACCUCCAGAGAGAUCUGCAUGUUAAAGAUCACGUCAUCCUGCAGUGUGUCUCUGCUCUCCAUGACCUUUUAUCCGACCAGAAGCACGUCGCAUCUCCUGCACUGCAGGAAGGUCUGGUGUCUCUGUUGGAUGAACAGAGCGAGGAGGACGAGUGCACGCCAUAUGUGAGGAGGGAAACGAACUCAGACGAGAGUCUUCUGAAAGUAGAGAGAGUUUGGCACAGAGUCGUUGGCCAGAGGCUUGUUUUUGGUGCACUUUUAUCUCUGACGAAUCAAAUGACAGAAUCUGAAAAUAUGAUCGCUGCCAUUAUAGCGACGCCCCCUAUGGUUCGGAGUGUGAAUAAAGUCAUUUUUUACCCUGAACCCCUGACGUCUGCUGCCCCUGGACCUCCCAAUGCUAAAAGGAGCAGGUUUCCUAGUGGUCCAGCCGUAAUCAUCACCACAGAUCUGGCCCCGUUACUCACCUCUGACCCCGUUAAGUGCUCUGUUCUGCUUAGCUUCUCUACCAGGGAAGCAGGGAGAACAUCUCAGCAUUGUCAGUUAGUACAUUUAGAUUUAAAAGGUGCACUGGAGGGCAAAUUUCAGCCCCGACUCUUCGAGGACUGCAGCAUUGACUCAGAUGAAUCCAGGGAGGAUCUGCUGAGUCUGAUGGCAGCGUUUGAGUCGUGGCAUUUUCACAUCAUAAGUACCGAUCACACCUUGGUGGACGUUUUGUGCUUUUUGGAGGAGAAAUUCAGAGCUAAAAGAAUAAAAAUCAGUCUACAGUAUUUGCUGUGUUCCAGUCCACUGUCCGGCACGAUGCUUCUCCACUGGAAACCCUGCAGCUCCUUCCAUGGAAUGCUGGAUGUCUGUUGUAGCGAUCAGCUGGGCUUGCUUCAUUUCCUGGAUAUUUUGUGCAACUUCCUUCCUGUUUCUCAUUGUAUUAAACUUAAAAAAUCUGGGAAGGACCGAAACAGAAGCCCCGCCCUGUCCAUGGAGCAUGAGAUUCGCACUACAAAAGAAGGCGUGGUCGCUCUAAUCCGUGGUGGUGUGGAAGACCCCAGUAGUGAUCUCUUUGUUCAUAUUAGUCGUGAGCAGUGGUUAAAAGAAAAGAGUGUUCAGCUCCCCCAGUUUGUGGAGAUAAAGCGUUAUCACCAGCUGGUACAGAGAGCGAUUAACCUUAAGAUGGCGAGCGAUGUUGCCAUGCUUGUGGGGGCGGAGCUUAAUGAGUAUUAAUCCUCAGUCAAAGGCUAUACUGCUCAUGUACAUCACACCACCACUUACACCACUCAUGUACAUCACACCACCACUUACACCACUCAUGUACAUCACACCACCACUUACACCACUCAUGUACAUCACACCACCACUUACACCACUCAUGUACAUCACACCACCACUUACACUACUGGUGUACAUCACACCACCACUUACACCACUCAUGUACAUCACACCACCACUUACACCACUCAUGUACAUCACACCACCACUUACACCACUCAUGUACAUCACACCACCACUUACACCACUGGUGUACAUCACACCACCACUUACACCACUCAUGUACAUCACACCACCACUUACACCACUGGUGUACAUCACAUCACCACUUACACCACUCAUGUACAUCACACCACCACUUACACCACUCAUGUACAUCACACCACCACUUACACCGCUCAUGUACAUCACAUCACCACUUACACCACUGGUGUACAUCACACCACCACUUACACCACUCAUGUACAUCACACCACCACUUACACCACUCAUGUACAUCACACCACCACUUACACCACUGGUGUACAUCACACCACCACUUACACCACUCAUGUACAUCACACCACCACUUACACCACUCAUGUACAUCACACCACCACUUACACCAAUUACAUUUAAGUAUCCAUAACACCUUCGUCUUGUAAAAGUCCUUAAAUUGCAGGUUUUCCAACUACAACGUAAACCAUGGUCAUGCUCCUAUGCUUUGGUUUUUGUUGUUAUGAUAAUUAUUAUUAUUAUUAAUGAAUUAACGCUGUUUAUUUAAAAUGUUUAUUAUACUGUAUGUUUGUAAUACGACAAUUUACCUUUCUUUUGCUAUAAGUAAAUGAACAUGUGUGCA